AGCCAGGUGACCCGCACAUCUGGACAGUUUGUUUUAAUAGUUCUUGUAUGUAUGUUCUGGCAUAAUCUUAUUUUAAUAUAAGGAUAUUAAAAGUCCAACUGUAUACAUAUAAAAAUAUCAAAAAUAUUAUGAUAACUAAAAGUACACCAUGCAAAAAGAAUAUUUGCCGUUGUUUCUCAGUCACUUGUCUCCGCAUGAAAAUUCAUAGUUAAUGCAGUUCAUCAUCACAUUACCAAUGAUAUGUCAUUCAAAAUAUACAAAUAAAUGUUCAGAAGUACAUCUUGAGGGAACAUUAUAGGACUUCAGUAUUUCCAUCAAGUGAUCAGGUCGAAAACCAAUCAAAGAUGAGCAAAUCUCCGCCAUUCUUGUUAUCACAAUUAAUAUUUACCAUCCUUUUUGUACGACUUUAGUUAUAUGUAUUAUGGAAGAUGGAUAGAUAAAGGUUGCUCUCACUUAUAUUGAAAGGUUGAUACUCUACUGUAAAUGUUACUUCACGUUUUGUGUUCUUUUAACAUGCAUUUUGUGCUGGUGGUUCUGGACUGUGCUUACACACAUGCACGCAUGGUCAUAUAUUUUGCAGCCAAUGUCGCCCACAAUCAAGAUAAUAUGCAAGGUAGAAUUCUUCCACAUGUAUUCCUUGGACGUAAACCAGGCCAAGCAAUGGAUAAUAGUGGGAGAUGAGAAUGGAAAUGCUAGUAUUUGGGACUACCAAAGACAGGCAUGUAGUAUUGUUGUUUUUUACGAUAAGGAUUAUUGAUGCCUCUCGGUGCGGAUAUAUACCGUGCUUCCGUCUCCAUUGACUAAUAUUUGUUCCUUUAUACCGUCAGAGAAAAGUGGAUUCAAUUAAAGUCAAAACAAGCUAUGCAAGGUCCCGCCUGACUGCAAUUAGCUGCGUUAAAUUUAUUUCAAGAAAACAAUGGAUUGUUGCUGUAACAAAAAGUUGUAUCCAUGUGUACAACUAUGAAAAGAUGAAAAAGAUCACAAGUUUCAGAAUUGGUAGUGACCAUGAAGAAUUAGUGUCACUGGCCGUUCAUCCAACCAGGCCAUAUUUGCUGUCAGCGGGUAGAUACAUUAAACUUUGGGACUGGGACAAGGGCUGGGAGUGCAUACAGACAUAUGAAUGUGAAGACUUCGGGACAAUUGUCACAUUUAACCCAAAUGAUAUUUUUGCUAGUGCUUCAACGAGUUUACAGAUAGAUUAUUACACGGAUAACAAAUAUGGCGGCAUGGAUGAUGUUUCAAUGAGCUUAAAGGGUGACUACACUGUAAAGGUUUGGGGUUUUGAUUCUCCCAAAUCGAUAUAUACUCUGUCUGGGCACUCAAAACAAGUGAACUGCCUGGAUUUCUUCAUAUGUCACGAUCACGAGUUUUUAGCUACAGGCUCAGAUGAUAAGACUACAAAGAUAUGGUAUUUGCAGGACAAGAUAUGUGCAUAUACACUUGAAGCUUACGUAUCACCUGUUACGUCAGUUCUGUACCAACCCAAUCUUCAGACUCUAAUUACAGGUUCAGAAGAUGGUGCUAUUUAUUUGUGGAGCACAACAGAAUUCAGCAUGUACUCAUGCCCACCCACGCUUAAGGGGAUUAUGAAGAUUGGUUGUGUUGGAGCUGUCUACCACCUCGCGUGUGCGAUGGGAAGGGUUGUCAUUGGGAAAGAAAAUUCAAUAGCAAUUAUGGAUAUUGAUAGUGAGCAGUCAACAGAUUAUAGUGAGGAGCAGUUAAGUGCAGAUACGAGACAACAUACUGCAGACACAAUGCCUAAGAUGGAGAUGAUUUCCGAAGCACACCAUGUGUCACUGGAACAUAUGGAAUCCGAGCCAUGCCAUUCGUCAUUGGAAGAGACCGAAUCCAGACCAUACCAUCUGCCAUUACAACAUUUGAAGGACAUCACAAAUAACUUUUGUAAUGAGAGAGUACUUGGUAGAGGUGGUUUUGGUGUGGUAUAUAAGGUAAGAUCAAAGCAUAUAUGUUUAUGGAUGUCUUGAGAGAGUACUUGGCUGAGAACACUGAAAGUUUGCUUUGCUUGGAAUUCCUGCCCAAUGGAUGUCUUGACAAGUAUAUUUCAGAUGAAUUUUCUAAACAUGAUUGGCGCACCCGGUGGAAUAUAAUUGAGGGUGUUUGCUUUGGUCUACGGUACCUUCAUGAGCAAUCUAAUGGUCCCAUUGUUCACUUGGACAUAAAACCUGCAAACAUAUUGCUUGAUGAAAAUAUGUUACCAAAAAUUGCAGACUUUGGUCAGUCAAGACUGUUUGAUAAAAAACAAACUAUUUCGACUAAACAUACUAUUGGAACACUAGGUUACAUCUUACCAGAAUACUUUCGAGGUAUAAUCACGCCUAAGUCCGACAUAUUCAGUUUGGGUGUAGUAAUCUUGGAGGUAAUUACGGGACACAGGAACUAUCCGUAUGAUAUUAGAAGAUCCUCCGAGGACUUCAUCAAGAGUGAACUUCAAAAAUGGAGAACUGCGCUGCAGGAAGAACCAACAAUGAAAUCAGUAGAUAAAGAUUGCAAACAAAUAAAAAGAUGCAUUCAGAUAGGUCUAAUCUGCGUGAACCUUGACCGGACAAAAAGACCUACAAUGAAGGAAAUUAUCAAUAUGCUUCAAGGGGUGGAAAGUAUGGAUCAGUACAUUAGCAAUGAGCUAUCAUGCCAUGACAUCCAGGAGGAGGAAUAGUUUAUCUAAGGAGGUUGACACGACUUCGAUCGUUCUUUCUGGGCUGUGCAUUCCUACCUGUGCUCCUUGCUAAUGGUGUUUAUGUGGACGGCCGGCUUUGCAAGCUUUUGAUUUGUUUGUCGGCACUCGUAUGCCACAUAUCUGAAGCUGUGUUAGUUCCUGAAGAAAUAUGCAGUACCAUGGGCCUGGUUUCAGGAAAAGGAUAGAAUUUUCCGGAGUUUCUGUUAUUUCUCACCAUAUUUUAACUACAGUGUGCGUAGGAAUAACCAAUCACUACAUGAAACAGGAAAUUUGCCGUCAGUACUGCUCUUUGCCGUCAGCAUUUUGUCGGGGCAGACGGCAAAGAACAAUUUUGCCGAAAGUGACUGACGGCAAAGAACACCAGACGGCAAAAACAUACUUUGCCGUCUGUUAAAA